AUGGAACCUGGUCGCCCUUGUCCUGAACUAUCUGGCUCUGAUGACGCUCAAGAGACAAAGUCGCUGCGCAUUACGCUCAAACUCCGUCCUCCUAAAGUCCAACCAGAAGAAGUCACUGUCACCCAAGACCAAUCUCCUACCCAACCCAUCUCUGUUGACCGAUGGCCCUCCAGCCAUAACAACCGCGAGACCUCCACUAUUCCCACCUCCCUUCGCAACCGUGGCUGUGUCCUCAGCGAGAGUGAGAUCAGUGUCCUGGAUCUUGGGCCCAGUCUUACCUCGCCAUGGCCGCAACAUUCCAACACGGCAUCCGCCAACACAGCAGCUCGUCUGACUCCCUCGUCGACAUCAGACCCUCACAUUGACAUGCCACUGCUGGGUGCGGGCACUGUGCUCCUCCCCACGGGCUCGGACUCAGACCACUGCGAGACAUUCGUCGAUCCACAACUCCAUAGCGAGGAUCUCGAGUCUGUCGCAGUCACGUCCGAGACCAUGUCCUUCAGUAACGAGAACCCACUUUGGCUGCGUCACCGCCGACGCAAUGACGUCCUCGUCACCAUUCCACCGGCAAACCGCUUCUUCGCCUACGGCGACCUCCACAACCUCGGGUAUGGAUACGGCCAUGCCGGCUUUGCCCGCGGCCACUUCUACAUUGCCGACGAGCCUGACUGUGAAAUCCGCUCUCUGUCUGUGCCUCAUUCCCCUAAAUCGCCACACCCUGCCAGACCUGUGGUCCAACGCUCCAAGACCUCGUUCGGGGGCAUGGACCUGGAAUUUGUGGCGCUGCGCAAUGCUGAGAUGGCGCGUAUGGAGCAGUCUCAGGAACUUUUCCCUGGCAUCGCCGUGGAUGUCCCUCCUGAAGAUGGAAAUGGUGGGAUUUGA